CUUACCAAAACAAAACCAAGCAGCGAGUCGGACGUGUGCGUGUGUCAUCCGUUAAUUAUUUUUAAUUCGAACGGAUUCAACCGAGGUGGGCGUGAGCUGGAGGAGCAAGUGCAACAGGAGCUCUGAAAUAAGAAGGUGCAAGUGCAGUCAGCUUGGCUGCCACAAACAACAGCGCCCGCCGCGUAUGCGUUGGCACAAGUUUCCAGCCAGCUUUUCCAGAGGCAGCAGUUUUCCGACCAGAAAAGUGUAUUUGCCAGCGGUGUGAAACAUUUUCCCGAAAUCGUGUAUAAAUGUGUUUAUAAAUCAGUUCUACGAAAUAAAAAAAACAACCAACCCACCAAGAUGAGGCCGCCCAGAACGAUGGCUUCGAUCCAGUUAGGACUACUUAGCCUCCUAUUGCUGGCCAAUAGUGGCAUUCAGAUUGUGCAAGCAGAUGGUUUCGCGGACUAUUUUUCCGACUACGAAUGCAACCAGCCCCUAAUGGAAAGAGCCGUCCUCACAGCAACGUCUUCCCUGUCGGACAGAGAACCCGAAAAAGCUAGAUUAAAUGCUGGCACCUCGUGGUCGGCCAAGAACUCGGACUUUGAUCAGCGUCUGAUUAUUGACCUGGGCGUGGUGCGCAACGUGACGCACAUCGCCCUGCAAGGACGACCUCAUAGCAAUGAGUACGUCACCGAGUACUCCAUUAGCUACGGCAUAACCGAUCUGGAGUUUGCCGACUACAAAGAGCCGGGCGGCAAUGUCAAGAUGUUCAAGGGUAACUCCGACGGCAACUCGAUCCACUACAAUGUCUUUGAGGUUCCCAUCAUUGCCCAGUGGGUGAGAAUCAAUCCCACCCGCUGGCACGAUCGCAUCUCCAUGCGAGUGGAGCUCUACGGCUGUGAAUAUAUUUCGGAGAACCUCUACUUCAACGGCACUGGCCUUGUGCGCUACAAACUGCGAGAGCCCAUCGCCUCCCUGAAGGAGUCCAUCCGGUUCCGCUUCAAGACCGCCUUCGCCAACGGCGUGAUGAUGUACUCCCGCGGCACCCAAGGAGACUACUACGCCCUGCAGCUGAAGGACAACAAGAUGGUGUUGAAUCUCAACUUGGGAUCCAAGAUCAUGACUUCCCUGUCCGUUGGCAGUUUGUUGGACGACAAUGUGUGGCACGACGUGGUCAUUUCAAGGAACCAGCGCGACAUCAUCUUCUCGGUAGAUCGAGUUAUAGUGCGAGAAAAGAUCAAGGGCGAGUUUAGCCGACUGAACCUGAAUCGGGAGUUGUACCUCGGUGGAGUGCCCAACGUCCAGGAGGGCUUGAUCGUCCAGCAGAACUUCUCGGGUUGCCUGGAGAACAUUUACUUCAAUUCCACCAACUUUAUUCGCUCCAUGAAGGACAGCUAUGAGCUAGGCGAGGCCUAUCUCUUCGAGAAGGUGAACACCAUCUAUGCGUGCCCGUCGCCGCCCAUUUAUCCGGUUACCUUCACCACCCGAGGCUCCUUUGUGCGCCUGAAGGGCUACGAGAACUCGCAGCGCCUGAAUGUGUCUUUCUUCUUCCGGACAUACGAGGAGAAGGGAGUGAUGCUGCACCACGACUUCUACUCCGGGGGCUACAUCAAGGUGUUCCUCGAGUAUGGCAAGGUCAAGAUCGACCUCAAGGCGAAGGACAGACCGCGAAUCAUACUGGACAACUACGAUGAGGCCUUUAACGACGGCAAGUGGCACUCUUUUAUUGUGUCCAUCGAAAGGAACCGCUUGGUCUUGAAUAUCGACCAGCGCCCGAUGACCACGACCAAGAAUCUGCAGAUCGCCACAGGAGCACAAUACUACAUAGCCGGCGGAAAGGACAAGUACGGAUUUGUGGGCUGCAUGCGUCUGAUUUCGGUGGAUGGAAACUACAAGCUGCCUCAGGAUUGGGUGCAGGGCCAGGAGGUUUGUUGCGGCGAUGAGGUGGUGGUGGAUGCCUGCCAGAUGAUUGAUCGCUGCAACCCCAAUCCCUGCCAGCACAAGGGCGUCUGCCACCAGAACUCCAUGGAGUUCUUCUGCGACUGUGCCCACACAGGCUAUGCCGGCGCUGUUUGUCAUACUUCCAACAACCCACUGUCUUGCCAGGCCCUCAAGAAUGUCCAGCAUGUGCAGCAGCGUGUCAAUCUGAACAUCGAUGUGGAUGGCAGUGGUCCUCUGGAGCCUUUCCCAGUUACUUGCGAGUUCUAUUCCGACGGAAGAGUCAUCACGACCUUAAGCCACAGCCAGGAGCACACCACCACCGUCAAUGGCUUCUCCGAGCCGGGCUCCUUUGAGCAGUCCAUCAUGUACGAUGCCAACCAACUUCAAAUCGAAGCCCUGCUGAAUCGCUCCCAGAGCUGCUGGCAGCGAUUGAGCUACUCCUGCCGCUCCUCCCGACUCUUCAACUCACCCUCCGAGGCUGGCAACUUCCGCCCCUUCUCGUGGUGGAUCUCACGAAACAACCAGCCCAUGGACUAUUGGGCGGGUGCUCUUCCCGGCUCUAGGAAAUGCGAGUGUGGUAUUCUGGGCAAGUGCCAUGACCCCACCAAGUGGUGCAACUGCGAUUCGAACAGUCUGGAAUGGAUGGAGGAUGGUGGCGACAUUCGGGAAAAGGAGUAUCUGCCGGUCAGAGCAGUGAAAUUCGGAGACACGGGUACCCCACUGGAUGAGAAAAUGGGACGCUAUACCCUGGGUCCCCUGCGCUGCGAGGGUGAUGAUCUGUUCAGCAACGUGGUGACUUUCAGGAUUGCAGAUGCCUCCAUUAACCUGCCACCCUUCGAUAUGGGACACUCGGGUGACAUUUACCUGGAAUUCCGCACGACUCAGGAAAAUGCAGUACUCUUCCAUGCCACUGGACCCACGGACUACAUAAAGCUCAGCUUGAAUGGCGGCAACCAGCUGCAGUUCCAGUACCAGGCGGGAAGCGGCCCGCUGGGAGUUAAUGUGGGCACCAGCUACCAUCUGAACGACAACAACUGGCACACGGUGAGUGUGGAGCGCAACCGGAAGGAGGCCCGUCUAGUGGUCGAUGGAUCCAUCAAGGCCGAAGUUCGGGAGCCGCCAGGCCCAGUGCGAGCUCUCCACCUGACCUCAGAUUUGGUGAUUGGCGCAACCACUGAAUACCGCGAUGGGUAUGUGGGCUGUAUUCGUGCUUUGCUGCUUAACGGAAAGAUGGUGGACCUGAAGGAUUACUCCAAGCGGGGUCUCUACGGCAUCAGCACUGGAUGUGUAGGCCGCUGCGAGUCAAGUCCCUGCCUCAACAAUGGCACCUGCAUUGAGCGUUACGAUGGUUACAGCUGCGAUUGUCGUUGGAGCGCCUUCAAGGGACCCAUUUGCGCCGAUGAGAUUGGUGUCAACUUGCGUUCUAGUUCGAUUAUCCGCUACGAGUUUGAGGGAUCCUUCCGCUCCACCAUUGCCGAAAACAUUCGCGUAGGCUUCACCACCACAAUUCCCAAGGGAUUCCUGUUGGGAUUCUCUUCCAACCUUACUGGCGAAUAUCUGACCAUACAGAUUUCCAACUCAGGACACUUGCGCUGUGUAUUUGACUUUGGCUUUGAGCGUCAGGAAAUCAUUUUCCCGAAGAAACAUUUUGGCUUGGGGCAGUACCACGACAUGCACUUUAUGCGAAAGAAUGGCGGGUCCACAGUCGUGUUAAAGGUGGACAACUACGAGCCUGUGGAGUACAAUUUCGACAUCAAGGCAUCAGCGGAUGCUCAGUUCAAUAACAUUCAGUACAUGUACAUUGGCAAGAACGAGUCCAUGACCGAUGGCUUUGUGGGUUGUGUGUCGCGAGUGCAGUUCGAUGAUAUCUAUCCUCUAAAGCUGAUGUUCCAGCAGAAUCCUCCGAAAAAUGUCAAGUCGUUGGGCACGCAAUUAACGGAAGACUUUUGUGGAGUCGAGCCAGUGACGCAUCCUCCCAUCGAAAUCGAGACCAGGCCACCACCUCUGGUGGACGAGGAGAAGCUGCGUAAGGCUUACAACGAAGUGAAUUCCGUUCUGCUAGCCAUUCUUCUUGUUAUCCUCUUCCUGCUCCUGGUUCUCAUGUUCUUCCUCAUCGGUCGCUACUUGCACCGACACAAAGGUGACUAUUUGACGCAUGAGGAUCAAGGCGCCGAUGGGGCCGACGAUCCGGAUGAUGCUGUCCUCCACUCAACCACUGGCCAUCAAGUCAGAAAGCGGCAGGAGAUCUUCAUCUAAGCCUGUCGUCAGCAUAUGCACACAAAUCGUUUUUUAUCGCCUUAGACACGCCACAGCGACAACUCAGACACCAAAAAAACUAAGAAAACAAAAAGUAAAAUCAAACAAAC